AUGUUAAUUACCCGGUUGGCACGAUCAUUUGGGAUCCUCCAAAGACGUGAAGUUGCGAUGUUGACAAUAGAGCUUGGCCAAUAUUUUUCUCCACUCCUAUCAAAGCAUGCUAAUAUUGUCAUGGACAAUGGGUUUGGUAAUUAUUCCAUUACCAAUGAUUACCCAAGAAACCAACCCGGGAGGUGGGUGAAGCAACAAACUUGUGAUGCAGAUGAUGAUGAGCCACCCGUGAUUCCAACUGAAGAUGAGCUUCCAAUGAAUCUAUACAACGUUGCUCUUCGGAGGUAUCACGAUAAUUUGGGCGGGGGUGUCAAUUACAUCGACUUACACUUAUAUAUCUUGAUGCAAGACAUGAGCUUGCAACGUCCCAGUGAAUUUCCGGUUCAUAUCCUUAUAUCCUUUCAUGGGACGAGCUAUGGGCGGAGCAACAAGGUGGUGCUAGCAGUAGUGGAAGUGGAGGACAUAAUGUGGAGGAGUGAUUUAUCCUUUUUGAUUGAAGUGGAUUAA